UUGUUCAGAUUUCUUUCUGAAUACCAGCUGAAGGUAUUACAUCUACAGUAAAUGAACAUUUACUGAUAAAGUACAGAGGGCCUCAAGAAAAGGCUAUUAGAGGCAGAAGAAUGUGGCUUAAAAGUCAAAUAUUGCUCUUAUAUUGCUUUGCAAGUGAAGUUUGGAUGGCAAAGCAGCGUGACUCUAGAAGAAAAUUCCCCCGAGGACUUUACUCUGUUGAAGACGGCGGUUCUGCAAAAUGGAACAGGCUAAAAAGGAAUCUGUAUCAGGGAAGAUCCUGCAGGGUACGAGGCUGUUGCACAGGAAGAAAUGAUGACUGCAGCUUUAACAUUGUCUCUAGAACAGCUAUAUGUUACUGUGACCAGUUCUGUGCCUCAGGUUCUCCUGGCCCUGUAGACUGUUGUGCUGACUACUGGGAUGUCUGUGACCACCCUGUUGAGCCCACCAGAUCAGAUGAGCCUUGGCCACCUCCAGCAUCAGGUUGUUAUAAAGAUGGCCGAUAUUAUGGAGAAGGAACAAUAAUUAAAGACAACUGCAAUUCCUGCAAAUGCUUCCAGAGUCUCUGGAAAUGUUCAAAAGAAGUAUGCCUUGUUCGCCAAGACUUAAUUCAGCACAUCAAUUCUGGAGAUUAUGGAUGGAAAGCUGACAACUACAGUCAAUUCUGGGGAAUGACAGUGGAAGAAGGUUUCAAAAAGCGCCUGGGCACCUUCCCUCCAUCUCAUUCCUUGCUGAACAUGAGAGAAGCUCCUGGAAACACACUUCCAGAAGAAAAAUUUCCUGCAUUUUUUGCAGCCACUUAUGCAUGGCCUGAGUGGAUCCAUGAUCCUCUGGAUCAACGAAACUGUGGAGCGUCCUGGGCUUUUUCAACUGCAAGUGUUGCGGCAGAUAGAAUAGCAAUUCAUUCUGAGGGUCAGAUCACAGACAACCUUUCUGCUCAGAAUUUGAUCUCUUGUGAUACCAGGAAUCAGUAUGGAUGUAAUGGUGGAAGUAUUGAUGGUGCUUGGAGAUAUCUGAAAACACAUGGGGUUGUAUCCUAUGCUUGUUAUCCAUCAUUUUGGAACAAUCACCUGGAGCUAUCAGGUGCAAAUCGCUGUUAUGUGUCAAGUGAAUAUGGAAAAAACUAUACAAAUGGACCAUGUCCCAAUGCUUUAGAAGAAUCCAAUCGGUUAUACCGGUGUGCCUCUCACUACAGGGUCUCCUCAAAAGAAACUGACAUAAUGAAAGAAAUCAUGGACAAAGGACCAGUGCAAGCUAUAAUGAAAGUGUAUGAAGAUUUUUUCCUUUACAAAGAGGGAAUCUAUAGACGUACCCAGAAAGCAGGAUCUAAAUGGAAAACUCAUUCAGUCAAAAUCCUUGGUAUCAGUGACAAGCUACAAUAUCUGAUUCCUACCUUCACUCAAAAGGCUAUAUCUGCUGAUCCCCUGACAGUGAGAAAUUCAGAAAGACCAUAAAAGCCCAAGUCUUUGGCUACAAUCAAACGUAUGGACUGUCAUCUUAUGGCUUGAAGAGGACAAGAAUGUUUUUUUAAAAAAGUAUUUGAUACUAUUUAAUGAACAAGAUAGAUUUUUAGAUGUUUGGCAGGUGCUCAGAAUGACAAAGGGUUUUCAUAAGAGGACUUUGAGAGAUGUAUGUUAACUGGAAACACAUUUUCCCUCUAUUUUUAUCAAUGAUUCAGUGGAAACUUCAGAUUCGAUAGUGCAGCAGAUUAAAUGGCAUUGAAACAUCUAUGCCCCAAACAAAUACUGGUUAAAUGUUACUUAACACAAAAAGCCAUGCUAAUGGGGACAAAACUGACAUGUAAGGCAAGAAACUUAUGUUUUAGUGUGGAGGUGAUAGCCAGACAGAGCAACAGCACUCUGAAAUGCAAUACACAAUUAAAUGACUCACCUGUGUGAAGUCCAAAAGCUUAAAAAAGAUACCAGUGACUGCUGUUCAUGAUAUUUCAGGUUUUGGCUUUGAAGACACUGUCUUCAAAUACCUUCCAAGUCUUGCCAUCACUCAAGCUUGGACUCAGAAUUACAACAACCAAGCAACAUCUUAAACCGCCAAAAGUCAUGACCCAAUUUUUUUUCUUCCUGACUAAAGAAACCCUGAGUUGAGUUCAUUUUUUCUUUCAUGGGGGAAAAUAAUCUACUUUAUUAUUUUCAGACAAUCAGCAUCAGAUAUUAUAGUUUAAAAGUUAAACAGCACCCAAAAAUAUUUUACAGCAGAGAGAAAUACAUUAGAAGAUCACGGGGAAAAGAGACACAGUGUCAGAUGGUUCAUGCAGUUAAAUCUGUGAAACUGUCUCCCAUACAAUUUUUUAUGGUAGAUUUGUAGGAAUGAUUUAGCUAUUGAAUCACUGAUAAUUUGACUCAUCUCUCAUGCUAAAAAGUCCAGACAAAACCAUAGUUGCAAAUUCCAGCACCUAUAUUCUAAGUUUUGUCUCGCAGAGAACACUGGUCAGUGACCCUAACAACCUUCUUAUUAAUAAAGGAUGAAAAACUAAACUUUUGUCUAACUGAGUAGAUGAAAAUCCUAGUCUUUGAAAUGUACUAGGAUUUUGUGUUACAGCAUUAAGAAUAGGACAUAACCUGCAAUAGUUACACGUUUUUUUUGUCUGGUGGCGUUAUGACAGUUAUAUGACCAAGUCCAGGGAAGAAAGGGAGAUGAAGAGUUUCAGAUCACAUGUAUUUCUGUCCCCCUCUGUUUUUGUCUGGAGAAGGAUGUGCUGUGAGCCUUUUACAAAAACAGAACUUUGAUAUUAAAAUAAAUGAGGUGAAGGUGACAGGGACUGAGUAAUCUUUGUAUCCUGUUGCUGUGUAUAUAUAGUAUAUGGGAAGACAAUAUUUUUGCCCGAGAGAUUUCAUCAUUUGUUUGGCCAGUGUGGUGACAACAAAAUCGCAAUUCUUAUGUAGAAAACAUAGUAUUAGAGAGAGAAAUGAGUCCAGUUUGUUAGCACAGACUGUGGUCAGUACUUAGAUGGGAUGUGUUAUCUUCAGAAGGUAUUCCUGUCUUGAUAGUAGAGAGUGGUCCUUUUCCUAAUCCAUGUGUCUUGGUUCCCUAAAGUUGGAUUGAAUAAAUUUGGACACCAACUCUUGUUUGAUCACUGGCAUUUUUUUCAGGGAUGGAAAGGGUCAGAAAUAUCAGAUUAAAUGUAUAACUGCAGAAAUCCCAUUAUUUAUGUGCCCUGGCAGCCAAGAGGCCAUACCUAGGGUGUGUCUAACAUGAUAGGAUCAGCUGUUCAAACGGUGCUUAUCCAGAUGUGUCCAACAUUGGUGUGGUCUCACCUUGAAUAGUGUGUGCAGUUCUGGGCCCUUCACAUCAGAAGGAUGUGAAGGUCCUCGAAUGCAUCCACAGGAGGGCAACAAAGCUGGUGACAGAGCUGAAAGGAAUGUCCUGUGAGGAGUGACUAAGAGCUCUGGGUUUGUCUAGUUUGGAGAAAAUGAGGGUGAAGUGUGACUCUCAUUGCUCUCUGCAGCUUCUUGACAAGGGGAUGUAGAGAGGGAGGUACAGAGCUCUUCUCCCUGGCAUCUAGAAGGAUGCAUGGGAAUAGUUCAAAGCUGCACCAGAGGACAUUUACACUGGACAUCAGGAAGCAUCACUUUACCGAGAAGUUGGUCAGACACUGGAACAGGCUUCCUAGAGAGGUGGUUGAUGCCCCAAGCCUGUCAGUGUUUAAGAGGCAUUUGGACAAUGCCCUUAACAAUAUGCUUUACCUUUUGUUCAGCCCUGAAUUGGUCAGGCAGAUGGACUAGCUGAUCAUUGUAGGCCCCUUCCAACUGCAAUAUUCAAUUCUAAGUUUAUGUUGUGGUUGUAUUGGAGGUUAUAUAAGGUUUUCUGGUUAUCUUAUUUGACCUUAAGAUCCUUGUGAAUGCAGAAAUUAACAGAAAUGAAAAUAUUUAAAAACCCAAGAAAUUUAGGAAAAAAAUGGACAAAGCACACUAUGAGUGAAGACCAAAACCUUAAAACCAGAAUAUGUAUAUUUCUUUUGUGCAUCCUCUAUGCUUGCUGCUUUUUAACAAAUUCAUUGUUUCUGUUUGUGAGGAUAGGAUGUGACACAAUCCUAUCCUGAACGCACCCCCACUCCAGAAAGACAGGGAGCAGCUAUUGCAAACCAACCAACCAACCAGAGACAAAACUUAGCUUUAUUCCUGUAAAUCUGGGAGUUUUGCCAGUGAUGUCAGUGAAUCCAACAUUCAACCUACAAACUAUAAAUCAGAAAAUGCAACUGUGAGUUGAAAUGGUUGGCAAAAAAUUGGCAAGAAUUAUUUAAUAUUGUUUUUCUGUUUGUGUAUAUUUUAUUGGUAGAUGAGGACUGUCAGUAUGUAUGUAAGGAGUCUGUUCUAGAUACAAAUUUUCAAAUGGCAGAAGUUGGAGAUAUGAUGGAGAAUGCUGAUUCCUAGAGAAUGGUGUUCAGUAAACAGUUUAACUGCCCGGUUAAAGCAAAGCACUGACUUCCACUAACAUCAACAGAUCUGCAGGAAUUAAUAGCUUGAGAUCUGACACCCGUCAUUCUUCUUUACUUUUAAAGCCUUACUUUUUAGUUGAUUUCUUCAGUCUUAAGGAGUCAGUUUGUAUAAUAUUAUUUAGCACACUCUUCAGAUGUCUUUGUUGUAUUUGCUGUCAAAAGCAUUUUACCUACAAAGCCAAAUGUAAGCAUGCUGGAAUCUAGUUUUUGUUCUCCUACAAAACACCUCAGUUUUGAAGCCACUGCUGAUAACCCUUUUUAUUGUGUUAAGUUGUAUUUCUAGCUGGUUUAUGGUUUUAUUUAAUGAUAUUUCAUUACUGACAUCUAUGUUUUUUUCUGAAAAUUUUCUUCAGACUUGUAAAGUUCACCUUCAUUGUACUGUUACAGCAAAAAAGAAACUAGGAAAUGUUCAAACAGAACCAAUUUCCAUUCUGUGGAAGAAUACUGAAGCAAUCUGCAUAUUCUAGUUUUUUAACUGUCGGGAAGUGUUGUGCAUUCAGGGCUUACUCCUACAGAGUUAAUAUUAAGGGAAAGUUAUUAUUGAAAAGGACAGCUCAGGUGCCUCUACUAUACAAAACUGGACACAAAAUUACAAAAAUCCUUUUAUGGAAGCACUCAAGUACUCAUCCGUUUAUCUGAAGGAGCAGCAGAAUUCUUGUUGCAGAGUCAGCUGGAGGUGGUUUCCGUUGACUAAAUGGAAAUACCUUGCUUACUUUUUCUCCUGAAGGGGACUGAAUGCAAUUUGGAGAAAUUACUUCUUUUUAUUCAAGUUUAUUUUUGAUUGAAGGUCAUGAUGGUUUCUUUGGGAGAAACUAAGUGUUGUAUUUCUAACAGAAUAUUUUUUCAGACAGAAGAAACCUCCCUUUUUAAAAGUAUGUUUUGCUAAUUAAUAGGUAGACCUUCUCCUUAAUGAUUACUUAAAAUCUUUUCUUUUUCUCUUAAUAAAAAUGGAAAUUUUGGAGAGGGUAAGGUUGAAAGCUUUUACUAAAAAUACCAAAUGCGGGGACAUUAGUGGUCUAAAGAGUUGUAAAAAUAAUGCUAAUAGAUUCCCUGUCUCUGUGAGUAAUGAGGUCUAGCAUCUGUUUGCUUUUGAAAUGUCAUUAAUUUGGAGUAAAUAUCAAGCUGGAAUAAUCACAAAAGCAAGAGACAAAAAAGUGCUAUUAGAUUAUUUUGGUCAUCUUCCAGAAAAUGUAAUAUUGAAUGGAUGUCAUCCAAGAAUGUGUCAACUCACUUAUAAGUCUUUCUCAUUUCCACUUGGGAACUAAUUCCACUGGGAGUUAAACUACUUCACUGCUGGGGUAUUUUUUCUUGGUAUUUUCUUUCCUGGACUUCUUCCCCCUAUACUAUCUAUAGCCAAAGGUAUGACACAAUUUUCUCUUUCUGCUUGACGUUUGAGCCCUACACACAUUUAGGUCUUUAGUGUCUAUACAUAUUGACUACUACUUUUCUCAAUUUGUUACACGAAUACCCUUUUCUGUUGCUUUUUUAUUCCUAGCUGUGACCUACCGGAUUUAGCGUAGUGUUCCAGUCAUACAGUGUAUAAUUCUUUACCCAAAACAUGCACGAUCUUGCCUGCUUUUAAUCCCAGCUGCUCAGGUUUUCUUUCUGUUAACAUGAAGCAGAGUCCAUGCCUGACUUGCUGCUCACUAUCACAUCUACUAGCUUCCAAGGCCUCGGCUUCCCUGGAGACACUGGAAAUCUCUGAUUACUUUCAAGAAGGUUGAGAUGUCAUUAGUUAGCAACACAUAGUUUUGAUAGGUCUACUUUAGGUAAUUAAUACCUUGGCUGCAUGAGCUACAGGAUCUCAGGAACAAGAACUGUCAUAGAAAGAAAAACAACUGCAGGAGAAGAUACAACAUUGACUGUAUUAAAGGAAUGGUAUCAGCUGACAGCUCUGGAAGUGUCAUAGUCUUUUAUGAAGGAGUGACAAUCAUUUAUUAAUUCCCAUUGAUUUUAAUUUAUAGUCAAAAUAUUGAUGCAUCUCAGAUUCAUGAAUAGAUUUCCAUUUCUUUUCUUUAAAGACUACUUUGUAAAAGCAGAUAAUGGCAGGAGGAUUUGCUCUACUACUAAAUCAUUUUCACUCACAAUGCCUGGCACAAAAGGAUUCUAUUCCAUGGUGAAGACUCCAAGCCACAGCUGUUUUACAGGGAAAAUUAACUGAAGUGUCAUUUACCCUUCCGAUCUGUUGGUCCCUAGACCAGCUCUUGCUCCAAGCCAUGAGGGGACAUAAAAUGCAUCCCAGAUUAGUUUAACAACCUUUUCAGUGCAAUAAAUUCCUGGUUUAAUUUUGUUCAACCAAACUGUAGCAUCUAUGAUUUUGUGCUAUGUUGUGACAAACCAAUAUGUAUCAGAACUGUAAUUUCCAUGUUGCUUAUUACCAUAAUUUUACCCUGUUCUCUAAACUCUUUAAUUUUAUGCCUGAUGGUUUAAGUUGGACAGAAUCCAAGUCCUUCAGUCAGUAAUGUCUUAAUCUUCCUCAUCAUUUCUUCUGAAGUGAUGUGUUACAGUUGUGUAAUUCUGGAAACGAUACUAUUAUCUGCUGAUUCCUACUCUGACACUUUAUUCACUGUGUAUUUCCUAAUAAUUUCCAGUCUUCUCCUUUGCCUAUCUCAUGCUUCAGUAGGCAAUUCAUUACGCUAGGAUUCAAUUUAAGAUUCAGACAGGUGUGAUGUGCUAGACAUCCAAAUUGUCAUCACAGAAAUAAUAAUCUAGUCAGUAAAGUCAGUAGAGACUGCAGAGCAACUCAGAUACAACUGCUCAUGGAUCCAUUAGUGGUCCCCACACAAAUAUUUGGUGCUACCAGCAGUGGGAAGAGCUUCCCACCUGGCUGUGUCUCCAAAAGGAUGUGGAUAUCUCAUAGGUCCUCUGUCAUGUCAGCCAGAAACAUGGAUGUCUCAGGCACUCUAAGGCAUCUGAAAUAGCCCUAGACACCUGCAUUUAGGCAAGUGAAUGGAUCCCAAUACUCUGUAUGCUACUGUGGGACACAUACAUUUAGAUUUCUUAAUCUUGAGCUAAAUCCCACAGUGUUUUACUGUGAGGAAAAAGCUAGAUUCCAAUGCUGACAUUGGCACUAUUAUCCUUAAUGUUAAUGUACUGCUUAAAUCUCAGAAGAAAGCAGUAAAACAGUAGUGCACUGUAUUAACUACAUUUUGAAAAUAGUGUAAAGAAACUAUUAUGUAAUCUAUUUUUCCAGAGGAUACCCAAAGCAAAAAUUUGCAUUGAUUGAUAAUAUCCUUGUACUACUGGUACUUUUCAGAAUCUGUACAGAUCUUUCACUUUUAUGGGGCAAAAGUGGGUGGCAUGGGCUUCACUUCUAAACCCCAAUUGCUUAUUUAGCUCCUUCAGGAUUAUAUUUGAAAUUACUCAAAUUUUUUUCAAUUUUGGUUCUGAAGAUUUUGAGGGACACAUCAACACUUUCUCUGAGCUGCUACUCUGCAGAGAAAAUGUGAUCUGGAAUGCUAGCACUGACCACAGUUAUCAAUAACAUACCAGGUUGCUUUUUACUCCCAUUGUGUCUUCCAUGAGGGCUCUUUCUAAAUUUAUUAAUGAACAAACUUUUGCAACUAAUGUCUAUUUUAAAUAUGAAAUAAGUAAAGAAGUUACAUCUCAAAGAUUACCCAGAUUCAGGAAAAGAUAUUUGUACAGGGUCCUGUCUAUGUAGGAAAACAUACAGGACACAAACUCCAUUGGAACAAGACUGUUUUUUAAAUUGUUGAAAUAAGAUGCCAUCCAGUUUCCAUUCAGCCUAGGGGAUGACUAAGAGUUUUAGAAGGUUAACAUUUCCUCUGAAUUUAUUUUCAGAUUAGUAUUAUCUGACCAUUUUAACAAAUUCUUCUCAGUCAGUCUUUGUUCAUAUUUCAAGGAGCAAGCAAAACGGUAGUUAAAAUUCAAGAUGAAUUUAAUAUUAUUCAUUUAUAUCAUUUAUUUCUUUAUAACUCAGAAAAACAACCCUCAGGUGCCUGGUUUAGCAACAGGAAAGAUAUUUAAAGAUUUGUUUUCUCUGAGGAAUCUAAACUUAAAUUAAGCUUAAAGCAGAAACUGUGCUUGGAUGCUAUAAUACAUUUGAUAGGUUGUAACUAAGGGAUACAAUGCAGAAUUAAUUUUUUCUAUCAGUAAGGCUAAAGUAGUUUUCAUUAUAGGCAGGAAAAGGGAAAAAGAAAUUGCAAAGGUCAAAUGCAAUACUUAUGCUGAGAAAUCCAUUUUACAAAACAGGAAUCUAUUUUAAAAAAUAUGUUCUCCUUUUCUAAAAACACUACUGCAAGAACACUUUCACUUACAAGUUUUUGAAAGAAUUACUUCCUCUUUAGAAGGUAUAUUAGUAUGAAUAAGGCAAGAAAAUCCCAGAAAUGCUCUUGAUGGAGCUGGCGUUCAUUAUUCCCAGAGGCAAGAUGUCAAAUCAAACUGGAUUGUGGCUACAAACACUGCAUCAUUGACCAAUGUAUAUAGAAUGUGGUUGAAAAAACAACAGCUGUUUCCAUUACAGCUGAGCGCUUUUUCAGACUGAGAAGAGUGUUAGCCUGGGAGAAAUGAGAACUGGUGAAUCUCAGCCAGUCUUUGGAAUAAGCCUGAACAAACUAUGCCAUGUUUUAGGAAAGGCUUGGUAAAUAGACCUAGGACCUCGUGCCACAGUUGCUGCCAGUAAAGAUCAGCACCUAUGGAGAUGACAGUCCAUUCCACAUUUCCUGCUGUCCUGCUUCUGAUUCACACACCAACCCCAAGACUGGUUUGGAUCAGUAAACAGUAAAUCAACCUUAUCUGCUCUUUACACUGCAGCCAUUAAAAAAACCUGGCAAAAUCACUUGCCCCAUCACAAUCUUUACUUAGCUUUUUAACUGUUCAGUAAUUUAACCAUUACAGAAAAUCUAUACAUUGAAUACAAAAUUUAGUAAUUCAUAGAGCUGUGGACUACUUGAGGCUGGAAGUUGUUUGGCCCAACUCUCCUCACCCUAAAUUGGCAGGGCCAUUUUAGAUCAAGUUGAUUAGGUCAUUGAAUACUUUAGCUUAGGAGGGAUCUCUGAAGGUCAUCUAGUUUAAUUCCCCAGCUCAAAGCAGAGCCAUCUUCAUAUUUAAGGUUCAUAGAGCUUCUCAGGUUGAGUUUUAGAUACCUCUGCGGACAAAUAGUCCACAACCACUCAGUUCAGCAGUGCCUAAACACUCUUGUAAAACCCUUUUUUCCUUAUGUCCAGCUGCAAUUCCCUGUGCUGAAAACUCUGACCAUUGGCUGCGCACAUAUCAGGAAUUUGCUCUGUCUUCUCUAUAUCUGCCCUUUGUAUAGCACGAGACAACAAGCAGACCUCCCCUGAACUACCUCUCCUGAGAGCUGAGCAAAGCCAGCUCCCUCAGCCUUUCCUGGUACAUCACGUACUCCAGAUCCCAAGCAUCUCAGUGGACUCCUGCUGUUUUUGUUUCAGCCUGUUAAUGUCUUUCCUGUAUGAGGAAGCCCUAAACUGGGCACAGUGUUCUGGACACAGAAUGGCAGGUCCUGAAUAUAAAGUAUUAGUCACUUUUCUUGACCUGCUUGCUGCACCCCUGUAUACUUCAAUAUAUUUUAAUUCAGAGUAUUUGAAUGAAUGUCUAGGGGCAUGGAUUACUAAGUAAGCAGCUUUUCUUUCUAAACUGUACGAUAAAAUACAUACAUCAAGCACCUCUAUUUUUGUGACUUGGAUGGAACAAAACCUGGGAAAUCAAAUUCAUGGAUAUGUUAUAGUCAAGAAUAAAAAAGAAUCCAGUUCUAUUUUGGUUUCUAGGUUUACUUCCAUUUAGAAACAUGUCUGAGAAUCCAUAAAUUCCUAUCAAGGUAUGAAACUAGAAGUUAACUUUUUUUUAGAAAAUAACAAGUGUUAGAGAAAUAUUUAAUUACAGAAAUGUAAGUCUGUGGGAACUGGUCAUCAUCCUGCUCAAACAAGUGGGAGAGAUAAUGUGUAGUACUGAAUGUAGGAAUAGAUUAAUAUAAAUUCAAGGCAAUUUUCUUUGUCUCUAAGACUCAUGUGAAUAUUGGACUUUCACACUGCAGCUGAUGUAAUUUUUUUUAGUAAAAUGAUCACAAGGAAAGAAGUAAAUCUGAAUCUGAUAUGAAAUCAGAUAGCCUGUUUUAUCUUUUUUUUUU